AACAGAAAGUUUUAUAUAAUUUAGCCAAUUUUUAAUUUUGAAUAUAAUUAUUUAUUUCCGACGACGGUCCUGAAAAACACACAAUAAAAAAGAAAAAAAAAAAAGGAAAGAAAGAAAAAUUGUGGACCUCUCUCAAUCCCGUCCUAAUUAAGCAAGAUGCUUGCGGUGGCGGCCCAACCACACCCUCUCUUCUCCCUCCUCCUCCCGCACGUCUCCCUUCUGCGCCUUCCCCCGCCGCGGCCCCUCGUCGCCACCGCCGCCGCGAAGAUCCGCUCCCACCACCACCACCAUCGGCGGCGGCGGCGGCGAAUCCCUCCCUCUCGCGAUCACUCAACCGCCGACGAGACCGCGCUCGACGAGGAGGACUUUGCGCUCGCCCCUGCCCCCGCCCCCGCGCCAGCCGAGGCCGAGGCCGAGGCCGAGGCAGUGGAGACGGGCGGGGGUUUGAAGGGGUCGGACGUCCUGCGAGCGCUGCAGAGGGCCGUGGCCGCGAAGGAGGCGUCCCCUCGCAGGGGGAAGAAGAAGCGGCGGCAAGCAGAGCGAGAGCGAGAGCGAUUUGGUGGCGGUGGUGGUGACGACGGCGGCGGCGGCGGCGGCGGCGGCGACCUCGGGAGCGUCCCGCCCGUCGAGAUUCGGAGCGAUUGGGUCGACAGGAUCGAGGAAUUGGAGAGGCGACUGGAAGAACUGCAAGACCGGCAAUAUUAUCUCUAGAAAUGUUUUUUUUUUUUUUUUUGGGUAAACUUUAAAUAUCAUUUAUAGUUAUAUGAUUUCA